AUGGUGGCUAAGGUCAAUACCACACAAGAGUGGAAGAAUUAUACCUCUUCCAAGUCUGGCUAUCGGGAUUAUGGCGACAAACACGAAGAAAAAUUAUAUUCAGACUCAGAACUAAAAGACUUGUUCAACGUAACACUAUCGGCCAUUCAGAAAACGACCGAAAUCAAACUCAGUCGACCGAUUGAAGUAUUCGUCAUUAUGAAUCUUAAUGUUAUGAUUGGAGAUCUCAAUAAUCUACUAGACGUCGCGAUCGAGAUUUUGCCUGGCAUGAAAGACGGCUCGCAAUUACGGCAUUAUCUCCAUAGCAUGCGACUAGCAUAUCGUCUCAAUACUGCAGAAGCCCUUGGAUACCCGGCAGGAACUGACAUUAACCAAGAGUCGAAUCUUCUGUUACACUUCGGUUAUCAGGAUAGUUGUCUUGAGGUCUCAAUGACCGAUGGAGGGACGAUAACAAGUUUAGUGGAACAAAGGUUCGAAAUUCCCGACUUUGGUGGCGUGGGUCAAAUUGCUUCUCUCGAGAAACUUGAACAUCUUGCAAGCCGCCUGAAAUACUUUAUUAGAAUACCACUAUCAGAUUCUCAGCCACCAGCGCUCACAGAGUUCAGAAGCAUCGUCUUCAGUGGCAACGCGACCGCAUCAGAAUUUCAGAAGAUUUGCGAAACAAUCAUAAAAGUUAUCCUGGAAUUUGCUGAUAGGUUCAGCGAGGGCAUCAACCCUGCAUGGGUCAGUGCAGUAGGGGCGGCAAGAAGAGCCAGGGAAUAUAUGUUGAACCCACAGAACUGGGACCAUGGGUUCCAGGAUCAAGUCUAUGAGGACUUGUCGUGA